AUGGAGGCAGAAUCACCAACCCACACCUCUAAAACGGCGGCCAUCAGCAAUGCGGCCGACAUUUUGGUCAUCUGUUUUUACUUCCUUGCAGUCAUUGGCACUGGCCUUUGGUCCAUGCGCCGGAUCAAUCGAGGGACAGUGGGGGGAUAUUUCUUGGCUGGAAGGAAGAUGGUUUGGUGGCCGAUUGGUGCCUCUCUCUUUGCCAGCAACAUUGGCAGUGGGCAUUUUGUGGGAUUGGCAGGCACUGGAGCAGCAAAUGGCCUGGCCGUGGCAGGAUUUGAGUGGAACGCUAUAUUUUUUGUUCUUCUCCUGGGAUGGUUCUUUGUUCCAGUUUACCUCUCCGCUGAGGUCAUCACAAUGCCACAGUACCUGAAAAAACGUUUUGGAGGCCAACGGAUCCGUCUCUACCUCACCAUCCUCUCUCUUUUCAUGUACAUCUUCACCAAAAUAUCAGUGGACAUGUUUUCUGGUGCUGUGUUCAUCCAGCAAGCCCUGGGUUGGAAUAUUUAUUUAGCUGUCAUAGCGCUUCUGAUCAUAACCACUAUUUAUACUGCAACAGGAGGAUUGGCAGCCUUGAUGUACACAGACACAGUCCAGACUUUUGUCAUGGUUGGAGGUGCUUUCAUCCUAAUGGGGUUUGCCUUCAAUGAAAUCGGAGGUUAUCAAGGAUUAUUUGACAAAUAUAUGGAGGCAAUUCCCAAGCAGACACUUUCACCCAUCCCUGCCCUCUACAACAUCUCGUCUUCCUGCUACCUGCCCCGUGAAGACUCCUUCCACAUGAUCAGAGAUGCCACCACUAGCGAUCUGCCCUGGCCAGCUGUCAUCCUCGGUCUUUCCAUCAACUCUAUCUGGUAUUGGUGCAGUGACCAGGUCAUAGUACAGAGGUGCCUGGCUGGAAAGAACUUGACCCAUGUCAAAGCUGGCUGCAUCCUUUGUGGGUACCUCAAACUACUACCGAUGUUCCUCAUGGUAAUGCCUGGCAUGAUGAGCCGGAUCCUGUAUCCAGACGAAGUAGCUUGCAUCAUUCCAGAUGAAUGCAAGCAAAUAUGUGGCACAGAAGUUGGGUGUUCUAACAUUGCCUAUCCAAAAUUGGUUGUGUCUCUCAUGCCAAAUGGCCUUCGGGGGCUGAUGUUAGCAGUGAUGCUGGCAGCCCUCAUGAGCUCCCUAGCCUCCAUCUUCAACAGCAGCGGUACCCUCUUCACCAUGGACAUCUACAAACGCUUGAGACCCCAAGCCAAGGAGAGGGAGCUGUUGAUUGUGGGCCGGGUGUGGAUCUUGCUGCUUGUGGGGAUCAGCAUUGCAUGGAUCCCUGUGGUACAGGUUGCCCAAGGUGGACAGCUCUUUGACUAUAUCCAGUCCAUCAGCAGUUAUCUGGCCCCACCCAUUGCUGCCAUUUUUCUCCUUGGAGUUUUUGUCAAAAGGCUUAAUGAGCAGGGUGCAUUCUGGGGCAUGAUGGGAGGACUAGCCAUCGGCAUGGCUCGAAUGAUCCCAGAAUUCAUCUAUGGAACAGGGAGCUGCCUCUUCCCAAGCAACUGCCCUCGCCUGAUCUGUGGGGUCCACUACCUUUACUUUGCCAUUAUCCUGUUCUUGGCCACAGCUGCCAUUGCAGUGGGGGUCUCGCUCUGCACUUCACCAAUUCCUGAUAAACAUCUACAUCGCCUGGUAUUCAGCCUCAGGCACAGUAAAGAGACACGGAUCAAUCUGGAUACAGAAGAGGAGGAGGAGGAGGAAGCACAACGGCGGCAGCAGCGGCAAGCAGAGAACGCAGCCACCGGGAAUGGAAGACCAGAGCUGGUCCUAGAAGUGGACGAUCCCAAAACAAUGACCUCCUGUGGCCGACUAUGCCAAGGCCUAGCCUGGUUUUGUGGGAUGAAUUCUGGCAGCUCAAAGGAACCAGAACUGAACCCAGAAGAGAAGGACAAGGAUCUCCAGCAUCUGGCAGGCAUCACAGAGCACACGCUCUGGAAGCAAGUAGUCAACAUUAAUGCUGUGAUCAUGAUGGCCCUGGCCAUCUUCAUGUGGGCCUUCUAUGCCUGAGGAUCCUCAACAGCUCAAUAGAAUAUGUUGCUCACCAACCUUAUUACAGCUACAUCCCAUCAACCCAUCAAGCCCAGAGAACAACAAGAGCAAAAAGAUGGCACCAGGAGGGACUGUCGAACAGUCAUCUGGACCAUUUGCCAUUAUCCAAAACACUGAAGAUACAACUAUGUCAUCCAAGUCAACAUUCAUCAAAACUCAUCUCAACUAACUCUUUGGAAGACCAUUUCAAGUCAUGAAAAAGAAAAGCCACUCAAAACUGUUGACAGUUGGGAGUUAGAGGGAAAUUUAUUCUUCUUAAGUGUCCAGAUGAUUUGGAUUGUUCAAUUUUCAGAGUCUUAGAAACCAUGUCAGGCAGGAAACACCAAAGCCACAUGCUAAGUUCCAAUUAAACUGAUUUAUUACUUGUGCCUAGG